AAGUAUUGGGCACAAAAUACAACUAUUUUUAAAGUGAGUACCAUGUGCACCAAUGCUUUCGAUUUGAAUCUUCUCUCUCCAGAAGAUAAGGAGAAAAUACUCCAAGUAAUAAAUAGUCAAACUACGAAGGAUCUAUUACAUGUUAGAUUUUUUGCAAAGGUAUUCUAUUACAAAAAAACGUGCAGAAAUAUUAGAAUUGUACCGUGCAAAUAAUGGCCCAUUUGAAUCGCUGCACGAUUUGUUAAAAGUAAAGAAUAUGAAUAACAAAUAUGUAUAUAACUUUUAUAAAUCAAUUCUAUGUGGCAAGAAAAGAGCAACACCUAAAAAGAUUAUACGAGGCUUAGUUGUAACACCACAAAAUACCAAAAGUAAUUUAAAGGAUAUUAACACAGUAUUAGGCAUACACAUAGGAUAUGGAAUGAUAAGUUGGUCAUUAUUAAAUCGCGAUUGCGAGGUGUUAUUGUGGAACUGUAAAUCCUUACAGUGGCAAAAAAAAGAAAAUAUUCAUUCUUUACUCCAAACAGUAAUACCAGUUGCUAGAAAAUUACCAAAGGCUGAUCUGUACAUAAUGCAAGAGAUUGGUGGUGAUGUAGGCCGUAUACAAAAUCGUCAGUUUUAUCAGAACUUUGUACAACAAUCUAUAAUAGGUGCUAUCAUUCUAUCGUAUCUGACUAUGUCAAAUAGUAAAUUUAAUGAUACUACAGGAUUUGUAACAAACAAUAUAUUUAUACUUCGACAGCAUGUAUUACGAAAAAUCUAUGGACUGACAAUAGACAACGAGACUAUUUCUUCACAAUACAUGCUGCAAAAGCUAUUGCAAGAAAGCGACAAACCGAUAAAAACCAAGGAAUCUCAAGUGUUAAUAAGAACAGAAUUAAAAGACAUGUAUAAUGCACAAAGUUCUAUUGAUCAAGAACAAAUUGGUUGGUCAUUAUUAAUAGCGUUAGCUUUUAUGGAAUUAAUUGUACAUAAAAGAACCGACAUGAUUCUUCGAGAUGUUUUACAGAGAUAAUAUAAAAUGUAAAAUGUGAUAUUAUCUAUUAUUGAUGAUACUUAAUCAUCAACAAAAAGAUAAUCUAAGAUAUCUUGCUAAGAGAAUAGUUAAUAAAUAUAUUUUGUAAAAUAAAGAAAUUUUCUUAUAAUUUAUUUAAAUUGUAUUGCAGAAAAAUUAAAUUCAAAACCAGCAUUUCUAUAAAUAAAGUAUGCUAUGUUUGUAUAAUUACAAUCAAGGAAAGAAAUUAUGUCAGGACAAGUUACAAUCUGUCAAUUAGAGUACAAUUAUUUGAACGCAAUGCUGUAAGUUUAUAAUACAACAACAAAAUUAUCAGGUGAAAGAUUGCAAUAAAUUUACAAAAAAAUGGCAUUUUGUUUUUUCUACCAAGCAAAUAGGUACUACAAUAUUAAAUUCCUAUCUAUCUGCCUACAUGAUUGACUUUUAUUUAUAUUUAAUUUUAAUUUCAAUAGGUUCUAAUUUACAUUUAAUUUCCAGUUUCAGCGGAUUUAAUUAAGUUACAAGAGGAAUGUUGGCAACUCUCGUAAUACGUAAAAUAUUUAUCUUUGUAUUUAAUUUAAAAUAGUUUAUUUUUCAUAGUGAUCGAAAAUGUACGUAAACGUGAGUUACCAAUAAUAUUAAUAAAUACAAUAAACUUCUGUACAGGUCUAUUUAUUUAUUCUCACUUUAUUAUGCUAUCUAUUUAUAGUAUACCAAGUGUAUAUUGUUGCUCGCUGCUCGAAUACAAACUCACAUCCGGUUAUUUCAUGUAAGAUUGUACAACGUACCAGGGCGUUUGCUAGAAAAAAUAGGAUCACCCGGACGAUGUUUUGCAGAAUCACCGAAUGAGUAUACGAGAGCAAGAGGCAAAGCCUCGCGAAUGGACACAAAAAGUUUCCUGGCGAACUGAAUAUACAUCCUAUAGAAUUCUUCGUGCCAAGAUGUAUGAAAAAUCACGAUGACUGUGAGAUAUGGUGUUACACAGGGAAUAUAUCAAUCGCUACUUAAUCUCGGGCAGUGACGCUGUGUGACAAGCGUGUACGAAAUGUUAGCUGAUCAAGCAUAAAGGGAGACACACCAAAUAUUUAUUUUCUAUUGUAUGCAUCUGAGACUUUAGUUUACAACCGCGCUUAGGCUCCAUCGCAAAAAUACGCACAUAGACAUCCGAACUCAAUUUACGCGCGACGAGAUGUCAAGUAUCGUAGAAAAGAUUUGGAAACUGUUUAAAAAAAAAAACGUUGCAAUGACAAAAGUUCGAUACAAUAACGAACUGAGAAUGCGACAAUUAAGAAUUGAUAAAAAAGUAAAAAGAUUACAAUAUAAUGGGGUAACUUGGGAGAUCCGGUUUCUCUAAGUUGCUCUUUAUUAAAUAAACACAACCUUUAAAACAGCGUCCAAUUUUUCUACGAUAUUCUGUAUAAGAAUAUGAGUAUAAUGACAAUUACAUCAGCUGUAUGCAAACAAGCUCAUUUGUUUAAUUCCUCAUUUCUCAAUAUGGUGCUUGCCAAUACUGGUACGUGUCAUUGAACAUAUAUACAUAUAGAUAUGCCGCGCUAGAAAUCUGUUCCCCAUUUUUGCAUCGAGCAAAAUAUUUAAGAAGAAUAUUUUAUUAUUACUUAUUUAACGAUAAAAAACUUGACAUAAUCAUUUAAAUUAGAAUCAUUUUUAAAUAAGAAUCGAAUCUUUGGUUCUAACAAAUAUGUUAGAUGAAAAUAUGUCUAAAGACAUUGUCAUUUACAUCAAAUUGUCAAAUAUAACGCUUAUGAAUAAUUCAAUAAGAAACAUAAUUAAUUUAUAAACAUCGGUUAAAUACAGACACAAAAAAGCGAACUUUCUGAUUUUCAAGUAUCAAUUGCUCCAUCUUGGCCAUAUAAUUGUUAUUACAAGUUUGUAAGCGCCUGCAACGAGAUUCGUUUUCUUUGUACAAAUAAAUUUUUGUAUUAUUAAAAAGAGAAAAAACAUGAACAUGUAAUCGCGCAUCUUAUAAAUUUAUGUUACAAAACUUGCGCACAAAUACUCGUUCAAUUUGCUCUAGUCCUUCGAUUAUCGAUAUUACUCUCGGUUUACAUCUAUUGUAUGAAGAUAAACCUGCUGCUCAGCAUACAGAAAUCUUUAGUAAAAUCUAUUUACUUCUCGAUAUAUAUUAACAAAUUAUAUAUGGACAUACAUCUGCGUCGUAUCGUACAAUCAGAUCGAGCGAUUGCACAUUCGGCUCCAGAUUACUUCAAAUCGUAUCACUACCAGGUCAACACAUUAUAAUUAUUAGAAUGAUACCCGAUCAGACCAGCUGGAAACGAGUGUUGACAUAUAUAUACAUAUAUUUUAUAUAUAUUCGUAUAUUUGCAUGCAUAUCCAACGUGUAUAUGUACGUACACUUUAGAUAUAUAUGCUGUAUGUGUAUAUAUAUAUAUAUAUAUAUAUAUCUAACAAUUGUGUACAAUAUACUAUAAGUAAUACAUAUAUAUAUACAUAUACAUAUAUAAAAUAUAUAUACAUAUAUAUGCAUAUAUGUGGAUAUUUCAUCAUACAAUACUAUAACACAUUGCGAAACAAAGGAACGUUAAGUACGUACUAUCUUGUAAUUUACAACAGUUUGUUAUACCUAUAAUUGUUCCUACAUAUAUGCGCAUAUGUGUACAAAACUUAUUAAAUAUACAGGAGAGAGGAUCGCAUUCCAAAUAUUAUUAAAUAUAUACGAAACAAAUUGAAUAAUAAUAUUAAUAGUCUAUAAUAUAUGCGCAUUAAAAAAAACUUUAUAGAGUUUUGUUGAAGUAUAAAAUAAGCGAUAUGUAUGCAGAUAUACCGAUUAUUCUCCAAGGUUACAUAUUUCAAUGUGUCUCUUUUUCUUUUCUGUCGUCUCUUCUUUCGAGGAUAUAAAGAGUUUUAACACAUCAGAUGGUUACGUCGUCGAACGGAUUACAAAAUGAAAAAUACACAUAGUAAGCUUUGACGCGGUUCGCUUUAAACGUAGAAGUCACCCAAAAAAUUUAUUAUACUGCCUACGCUAAUGGAACACAAGGAGAACCAUUCUGAUGUAAUUCGAUAUAUGUAUAAUACGUUUCAAGCAACGUGUACAGACAUUUUAAGGCUAAUUAUAUGUUCUAAAUUUCAACAUUCAUAGUACAAUCAGAAAGGUACCUCUUUUAUCAUGCUUUGGUUCGAAGACAUAAUGGAAAUGGGACACAACGGGAACAUGCGAAAGAAAGAGAGAAAGAUAGAGCGAAGGAGGGAGGGAGGGGGAGAGAGAGAGAGAGAGAGAGAGA